AGAAGAAGAGGAAAGGCUCACGGAUAGAAGAGGGAAUCCCUAAGCUUUAGGUAACAAUUUUCCUCCUUUGUUCUUUCUUUUUGAUCAUUAUGUAAUUUCAGUACAAUUAUUGAAAUGAAACGUUGAUUUUUGUUCUAAUUUUAGGGCUGUUCGGAUAGAGGAUUAACUUUUCUGGGAUCAUAGAAAGUAGUGUUCGGAAAGUUAAUCAGCACUACAUAGUAAAGUUAAUAAAUUUGAAGUGGCAACAUAUGGUGCUUCUAAUGCAAUUGUUCCAUUUCUUCUCGAACUUUAAAAGUAUGAACAUUGGACAUUUUUCCUUAAUAGCUUUCAGUGAAAGUUGACUCAAGAUCUUUGGGACGUGGUCGAAAAGGGUACUGAUGCUCUUCCCUCUUUUGACAAGGUUGAUCAGACGAAAAAGAAUGCUGCAGCUCUACAUGCAUUUCACAUUACAUGUUCACCAUGUGUUUUUGCUUUUAUAAAGGAUAUCAGUUCUGCCAAAGAUACUAGGAACAAAUUGGCUGAAAUGCAUCAACAACGGCAAUCCCAUUCCCACACUGAAUCAUCAACCAGUUCAGAUAUCUCAUUGGAUUUACUUCGGGACUAUCCAAGCUUGGCCGUCACCAAAGACAGCAACCACAGUACUCCGAUUCUGACAUUGUCUGAUGGACCAUCUGCAUUCUUUAGUGGAAGUGGUCUUGGAUUUUGGCAACGUUUAAUUUAUCAUCGUCUAAAGAUAAACAAACACAGUUUCUCUAAUGAUGUUCGACUUCCUGUUACUCACCAAGAUCAGAAUGAAAAGAAAAACAUCAAAAUGCGAGCGUUUUUUGGACUUCAUGCAUUGGACUUGAUGCUUCUAAAGUUCUCUGGAAUCAAGCAAAUUUAUGAUUUGAAGUUGAUCCAUACACGUUCGCUUGAGGUUCUAAAAUGUAUGUGUAAACACAUAACAGCUUUGGAUAUCGAAGAAUGUGCAGCAGGUCUAGUGUUUGAUGCUUUAUUUCAAGCUACCAAGAAUGGCACGGCAGAGUUUGUGGUUGAAAUGUUGAAAGCCAGACCAAAUAGUUUUUAUACAGAAGAUAAAAAUCGAAGAAGCAUUCUCAUGUGUGCAGUUGAAUAUCGUCAAGAAAAAAUUUUCAGCAUCUUUUGUAGCGUUCAUGCAUGGAAGUGCCGUUUGUAUAGUACUACUGAUAAUCGGGGUAAUAAUUGCUUACAUAUAGCAGGGAUGUUAGCCCCUGACUUUCAAUUAGCUCGCAUUUCUGGAGCAGCCCUACAAAUGCAAAGAGAACUACAGUGGUUCAAGGAGGUUCAAAGUAUUGUUCCAGAGUCAUGUAAAAAAGCUAGAAAUAAAGAUGGUGAAACUCCUAGUGAUGUAUUUACUAAGAGCCACAAGGAAUUGGCAAAACAAGGGGAGGAAUGGAUGAAAGCUACAGCCAGUUCUUCUAGUGUUGUUGGCUCUCUCAUCAUUACCAUCAUGUUUGCUGCAAUUUUUACUGUUCCUGGUGGUAACAAUCAGGAAACUGGGUUUCCCAUUUUCUUUGGUAAAAAAUCGUUUAUGGUAUUCUUGAUAUCAGAUGCGAUUUCCCUCUUCACUGCCUCCAUCUCAGUUUUGAUGUUUCUGGGAAUCCUCACAUCACGUUAUGCCGAGGAAGAUUUUUACAAGUCCUUACCCCAGAAGUUGAUUUUGGGCCUUUCAACACUCUUCAUCUCUAUAGCAACAAUGAUGGUAACAUUUUCUUCUGCUCUUAUAAUUAUGUUACAAGGCCGUUGGUCAGUAAUUCUUCCAAUAAUUAUGCUAGCUGCUCUUCCUGUCACUCUUUUUAUGUUUCUGCAAUUCCCGCUCCUUGUUGAAAUUUUUAUUUCAACCUAUAGACCAGGAAUCCUUGUUAAGACAAAGAAGCUGUGACCUUAGCACAGUAAAUGUGUCCAUCUUUCUCAUCAUCAUGUAAUCUUCGAACUUAUAUUAGUAAUAUAUGCUCCUAAUCACGGUACUCUGUUUUUCAGAAUUCAUUUCUCCAUAAAUUCAAACUUUCAGA